AUGGCGGCGCCGCCCCGGCUGGGCGCGCAGCCCCGCGCACGGCGCUGCCGCCGAGCCCGCUCCGGUUACAGCCCUCCCCCGCCCCCGCCCUCCGCCGCGGUGUCUCCCCCCUCCCCGCCACCUCCCCGCCUGUCACUACCACGCCGGAGAGCCACCAUGGCGCACGGCGGGCCACGCGUGUCCGCCGCCGCCGCUCCGCGCGGGGCUGCCCGGCUGCCGCCGCUGCUGCUGCUGCUGCUGCUGCCGCCGCUGCUGGGCGCCGCCGCCGCGCCGCGCUGCGCGGAGCCCUGCGGCCACCCGCGCCCCGCAGCCCUGACCCGCGGGGCGCGCAGCCCGCCCGAGCCGCAGCCGGGCGGCAGGGAGGCGGCGGGGAGCGGCCGCUCCAGGAGAGCAUCCUCGGCGGCCGGCCGGGAGCAGGUCUCCCUCAUCAGCACCUCCUUCGUGCUGAAAGGGGACGCGUCUCACAACCAGGCGAUGGUGCACUGGACGGGCGAGAACAGCAGCGUGAUCCUGAUCCUUACCAAGUAUUAUCAUACUGACAUGGGGAAAGUGCUGGAGAGCUCUUUGUGGAGGUCUUCAGAUUUUGGGACAUUAUACACAAAGUUGAAUCUACAGCCUGGGAUUGCCACUGUUAUUGACAAUUUCUACAUUUGUCCCACCAACAAAAAAAAGAUAAUUCUUGUAAGUUCUUCCCACAAUGACCGUGACCAAAGCCUUUUCAUAAGCACAGAUGAAGGAGCCACUUUCCAGAAACAACCCAUUACUUUCUUUGUGGAAACCCUCCUUUUUCACCCGAAAGAAGAAGAUAAAAUACUUGCUUACACCAAGGAAGGCAAGGUCUAUGUAUCUACUGACUUGGGGAAAAAAUGGACCCUUCUGCAGGAACGAGUUUCUAAAGAUCAUAUUUUUUGGGCCGUUGCUGGAGUUGACGCAGACCCUGAUUUAGUUCAUAUGGAAAUCCAGGACCCCAGUGGAGGUUAUCGCUACAUCACUUGCCAGAUUCAAAAUUGUUCUGAUAAGACAAUGACAGUCCCAUUUGCUGGUAGUACUGAUCGGGAUUCCCUGACUGUGCAGGAUGACUACAUAUUUCUUCAGACAACAUCAGCAAAUCGGACCAAGUAUUAUGUGUCUUACCGUCGAAAUGGCUUUGUACAGAUGAAAUUGCCAAAAUAUGCGUUGCCAAAAGAUUUACAAAUAAUCAGUACAGAUGAAAACCAAGUUUUUGUGGCUGUUCAGGAGUGGUACCAGACAGACACAUACAACCUGUACCAGUCUGACCCACAAGGUGUUUACUACUCUAUCCUGCUGGAGAACGUCCGGAGCACGAAGCAGCCAGAAGAGAAUGUCCUGAUAGAUAUCCUGGAGGUCAGAGGUGUAAAAGGAGUCUUUCUGGCCAACCAGAAAAUUAAUGGGAAAGUUACGACUCUGAUAACCUACAACAAAGGCCGUGACUGGGAUUUUCUAAACCCUCCAGACAUUGAUAUGAAUGGCAAACCUACAAACUGCAAACCUCCUGAUUGCUACCUUCACCUCCAUCUCCGGUGGGCAGACAAUCCCUACGUGUCGGGAACAGUCCACACGAAGGACACUGCACCAGGGCUCAUAAUGGGGGCAGGUAACCUGGGGUCCCAGCUGGUUGAGUAUAAAGAGGAGAUGUACAUAACAUCUGACUGUGGAAACACGUGGCGUCAGGUCUUUGAAGAAGAGCACCAUAUCUUGUACUUGGACCAUGGUGGAGUUAUUGUGGCUAUCAAAGACACCUCUAUCCCUCUGAAAAUACUCAAGUUCAGCAUAGAUGAAGGCCAGACUUGGAGCACACAUAAUUUUACCAGCACUUCAGUCUUUGUAGAUGGAUUACUUAGUGAACCUGGAGAUGAGACACUGGUCAUGACAGUCUUUGGACACAUUAGCUACCGUUCGGACUGGGAACUGGUGAAGGUGGACUUCAGACCAUCCUUCCCCAGGGAGUGCACUGAUGAUGACUAUGAGUCUUGGGACCUCACAAAUCUGCAGGGUGAUCGUUGCAUCAUGGGCCAGCAGAGAAGCUUUCGAAAGAGGAAGAUUUCAUCAUGGUGCAUUAAAGGGAGAAGUUUCACAUCAGCUCUCACAUCUAAAGUUUGUGAAUGUGUGAACUCUGAUUUCUUAUGUGAUUAUGGGUUUGAGCGCUCUGCACUUCUGAAGUCGGAGUCUAACAAAUGCUUUGCUGACUUUUGGUUUAACCCAGAAGCACCGCCUGAAGACUGUGUGCUGGGGCAGGCAUACACCAGCAGCACUGGGUACAGGAAAGUUGUCUCUAAUGUGUGUGAAGGUGGCGUAGACCUGCAGCAGAAUGUAGCACAGCAUAUGUGUCCAUUGAUUGCUCCCAAGGGACUUCAGAUCAGCAUCAGAGAAGAAAGCCUGGCUGUUAGGCCUGGGGAAGACAUCACCUUCAUUGUCAGACAAGAGCAGGGUGAUAUAUUGAGUACCAAAUACCAGGUAGAUCUUGGAGAUGGCUUUAAGGCAAUAUAUGUGAACCUUACGAUGACUGAAGAACCCAUCCGUCACCGCUAUGAGAAUCCUGGGAUUUACCGUGUGUCGGUGAAGGCUGAGAAUGUGGCUGGGCAUGAUGAGGCUGUGGUGUUCAUCCAAGUCAACUCUCCUCUCCAGGCUUUAAACUUAGAAGUGGUUCCAGUCAUUGGAAGAAACCAGGAGGUGAACCUGACAGCCAUCAUACUGCCUAAGAACCCUAAUUUGACAGUUUUUUACUGGUGGAUAGGAAACAAUCUUCAGCCACUGCUUACAUUGGAGAGUUUUCUGGUGACUAAGUUUGCUGAGACAGGUGAUGUCCGAGUUACAGUGCAAGUUUCCUGUGGGAGCUCCAUGCUUCAGGACUCAAAAGUUGUCCACGUUUUUGAUCAUUUUCACGUUCUUCCUUUGAAGUUUACUAAACACCUGGACAUGUACAACCCCGACAUACCAGAGUGGAGGGAAGACAUAGGGCGGGUAGUAACACGACUUCUUGCAAAGGAAACCAAUAUACCUGAAGAAACACUCAUGACAGUUGUGAAACCUGGUCUACCCACAGCUGCUGACUUGCAUGUGCUACUACCAGCAAACCAACCGAAAAAGAAGAGAAGUUUAACUAGUGAUAAGAGAAUAGCAGCUAUAAAGCAGGCCCUGAAUGCACACAACAUCAGUUUCUUUCUGAGGGGAGGAUACUGGGUCUUGGUGACUUUAGCUGACUCCAGUUCAGACUCUCAGAGGAUUGGAGGAGGCAGUGGCUACUGGGCUAUUGUGGUUCUCUUUGUUAUCUGUCUAGUUGCAGUCGGGGCUUUCAUCCUCUACAAGUUCAAAAGGAAACUGCCAGGCAGAAAUGUCUACGCCCAGAUGCACAAUGAAAAAGAGCAGGAGAUGACAAGCCCUGUUAAUCACAGUGAGGACACCCAGAACAUCAUCCAGGGUGAGGAGUUUAUUGAUGAUGAUCUGGACUCUCAAACACUAGGUAACGCAAGAGUGACUCCUUCUGGGAGAAGUGGCAACUUGAACAGCUACAGAGUUCCCUUAUUGCUGAUGCCGGUCAGUGUCCAGUCCCAGGCAAUCACUCAGGCGUGGUUUUGAGCAUCAACUCCAGAGAGAUGCACAGUUACCUGGUUAGCUGAUAUUUGCAGCUGAACAAAAAACCCGAAAGACUCUUCUCUGUACCAUUUUAUUUUUCCCUGGUGAUGUCACAAAAUUGCAAAUAUGGCUGUAAAUGCUGAUGGAGAGGAGGUUUCAUAUCAGUCCUGUGGAAAAAAGCAUCCAUCUUCAGUUACCAAGGGCGAAGGAUAAUAUGUCGUGUUCGCUCUAUGGCCUGGGAACUCAUUACGAUUGAAACUCAAACUAUGGUAGCAAAUUUGUAGCCCUAGGCACCUUCAAUGCCACCUUAUUUCUUUUCUGUAUAUGCUCUAUUUCUUUAUGUUUAUUUUUAGAAUGAUUGACUGUAACUUUUUAAUUAUAUUUUUAAUUGAGGUAUUCAGCAGAAGGCUGGGACUCUUUAUCCUGGAAAGGUGAUUUUUACACAAGUGACUAGACCAGAACAGAUGGUUGAUCACAAUGACAAUUUUUUUAGGAGGCCAAGUGUUUCUGUACUGGGAAAGGACUGAGUGAGAGACAAAUGCACUCCUAGUUGAGACAAGCUCUUAACUUAAACAUGUGUGAGACAAUCUAAUGAAUUUAGGCUUAGGUCGUUCUGUGGAUUAAAGGAAGCAAAAUGUUAAUUAGGAUAUCUCAUAAUAUAUGAUCAUGCUCUUGUAAGUGUAGCAAGUCCUGACAAACUAUCAGCACCAGUAUCUCCCCCAGUCCCACCCUGGAUGAAAGAAAAACACCAGCUUGAUACUAUUUCCAGACCAGGUGCCUUCACUUGCAGACAGUCAUUUCAGUUCCUCUCUCCUUUCUCCUGAGUGAACACCUCCAGGAUGAUGGCAGCUGCCAAAUGAGUUAUCCUGUAAAACCCUGUGCUAGUGGCCUGUCUCUUUUUAAUUUCCAGAGAGUGUAAAUACUUCUUUUAAGUCACUUUCUUUGUAUGGUUACUUUUUAAAACUUCCUAUUCGGGCAGAUAUGCCAGACAGGUCAGAGCUCUCCUCUGGGAACGGCUGGGUAGCACCACCAUCUCCUUCCCACUGCAUCCCUGUUUGAGAUUUCCUCUGGCUCUUUGCCCUUGCGGGUUGGAGUGGGCAAACUCUGACCUUUUCCACUAGGGUUAGUUUGACAAUCUGAAGGGUCAUGGGGAGGAUGGGAUAGGAUUUAGGGGUUCGUAUUUCCUUCCCAUCACCACAGGGUGUCACUCAGUCCUCACCACCGCUCACCCCUAUUCCUGAAGGGAGGGCAAGAGAGGGAGGGAGGGGCUUCUGGAGGAGCUGCCUGCAGAAAGGCUAGUGAGUCAGGUCAGUGUUUCCUAAUCCCAAUUUUGUAAACUGGGUCAGAGUUUCCUAGUCUUGACUUCUGCAUCCCUAGGGAACAGCAGCACAGUGAAUCCACACCACUCUUGUCUUUUCUCUGCCAUUAAUGUCACCUUGUAGGAAACUGAGUGUGGUGUGAUGAGCUUAAAGGUGUGUGUGUGUGUGUGGCACAGCUGCCUGGAAUUAGGAUGCUUCUCUCAGAAACCUGUAUAAUCUCUUUACUUCUUGCCUUUAGAGAAUAAAUAACUCUGUACUCACUGAAUGUCAUACUGAUGCUAGGGACAAGCUCGCACACCACCUUGUUUAAGAAGUAUACAGAUAGCUAAUUACAUCAUCCAGAACAAGCAAACAGAAAAUAAUAAAUGCUAGUAAAAUAGAAAAGAACUGUUUAAAAUUA